CAGAACUAUUUUGCAAGUGGAGUUAUUGCCCAAGCCGCACUUUGCCAUGCUGCGGGAGCUGGAGAGGAGCCCCUUGCAAAGUUCUUGACCUUUCAACGGAGCACUUUUGGGGGUGCGUGCGUGCUUUUGCGCCCUGGAUCAGCCCAGUAGGACCAGUUGGGAGAGGAGAACGGGCUUGCCUCGCAGCCCACGCGAUUGCUCAAGUUGCCUGGUUGGAGGCGUUCGUAAGAGGAUGUAGCGAGUCUGAGGAUGGGGCUUUCGGCCGAGAGUUGCUCACAAUGGCCAGAGAAGACUCUGUGAAGUGUUUGCGUUGCCUGCUCUAUGCUCUCAAUCUGCUCUUCUGGCUGAUGUCCAUCACUGUGUUAGGAGUUUCUGCCUGGAUGAGGGACUACUUGAAUAAUGUGCUCACUUUAACUGCAGAAACAAGGGUGGAGGAGGCUGUUAUUUCCACUUACUUUCCAGUCGUCCAUCCAGUCAUGAUUGCAGUCUGCUGUUUCCUUAUCAUUGUUGGAAUGCUGGGAUAUUGUGGGACAGUGAAAAGAAACCUCUUGCUGCUUGUAUGGUAUUUUGGAAGUUUGCUUGUGAUAUUCUGCAUUGAGCUGGCCUGUGGCGUUUGGACCUAUGAGCAGGAAAUCACGGUCCCUGUACAGUGGUCAGAUAUGGUUACUUUAAAAGCCAGAAUGACCAAUUAUGGUUUACCUAGGUAUCAGUGGCUUACUCAUGCUUGGAACUUUUUUCAGCGAGAGUUUAAAUGCUGCGGAGUGGUGUACUUCACCGACUGGCUGGAAAUGACCGAAAUGGAUUGGCCUCCUGAUUCCUGUUGUGUAAGAGAAUUCCCGGGAUGCUCCAAGCAGGCACACCACGAGGAUCUGAGCGACCUUUACCAGGAGGGUUGUGGCAAAAAGAUGUACACUUUCCUUAGAGGAACAAAACAACUACAGGUGCUUCGAUUUCUUGGGAUCUCCAUUGGGGUCACCCAGAUUCUGGCGAUGAUCCUCACAAUAACUUUGCUAUGGGCCUUGUAUUAUGACCGACGGGAUCCGGGCACAGAUCAGAUGCUGUCCUUGAAGAGCGACGCUACGCAGCACCUGUCCUGCCACUCGGUGGAGCUGCUCAAACCCAGCUUGACAAGGAUCUUCGAGCACACGCCCAUGGCAAACAGCUUCAACACACACUUUGAAAUGGAGGAACUGUAGGACGAUGUGCCAUUCUGACAAUUGUACAUUGGAACACGGCAGUCUUUCAAGGUUCUGAGUGCACCACUCGAAUUCAGCUGUAUAUGAGAAAUGAAAAUGGAUCCUGAGCAAAGAUGCUCUUAAGGAAGGAACGAGAAUCUGGGUUCUGGCCGUUUUCUUCCUUAAAACUUUUUCAGUUCUAAGAUUCUAAUGAAUUUUGAAUACUAACAAAAAUGCUGAGAGCAAAUUAGCUCUUCACUGUUCAUGAGGUUCUAUACAUUAUGUAGAGUGCUGAUUGUGGCAGGACAGUCCUUAUAACCUUUGAAAAUAAGCAUUUGACAAAAACAUUCAAGGUAUGACUUCUGGGCUCUGGUUCUAUCUGAACUUUUGACUUUAUAACAAGUCUGAUAGACUGAGGAUAGGCAACUUCAACACAGAAAGCCUCCCUCAAGGGCCACAGUUAGCCAGUAUUUCUCAUUGAUAUGUAAUUGAAGUAAUUUGGAUAAUGUAAUUGAAUUAACUGGUAGUUGGCAAGCCACAGCAGCUGGAUGUGUUGCAAGCUGCUGUGCUUCUUCUACAGUGGUUAAUUGCAGCUGCGAAAACUUUAAAGUCAGUCCUUUUUUUUAAAAAAAAAUGCUUCUGAAGUUUUAGAAAAAAAUGUUUAAUUUUCAAAUUAAUUAGUCCAAAAGCACGGCAUUCUCAGGAUUUAGAAAGAACACACAUGAGCCCCUGAUCAGGACGUUAGUGUCACAUGUGAAAAUAAUAAUAAUAUUCACUGUUGUCAUGGCUCAAUUGAUGUGCAAUUCAGUGGAAUCCACGUGUGUUUUAGUUUACCUGUGCAAAUCCACCCCUGCAGAAUCUGUUCUUCCAUGUCAGUGCAUUGCAACAUGGAGGAGAUGAGUGGAAUGUU